AUGCUAACCGACUUCGCUUCCUCCGACCCUGUAAUCUCCCUCACCCGAGUUUUACGCGACUUACCCCUCGUUCACGAAUACAGAUACACCGAGGAAGCACGCCUACGGCUCUUGGAAGAGCUGUUCGCCAGUCUCGCCGGUAACAACCAGGAACACAUCAAGUUAUUCUUUCCCAAUGGGAUCCCUCCAAGGACAGGCAAGGAUGCUUGGAAUCUAAGUAAAGCACAAGGUGCUGUUGAGGGUGCAGAAUACGGACCUGCUGCUAGGGGAAAACCCUGUGGCCAUAUCUUCAAAAAUGGAGAAGCUACUUAUCGGUGCAAGACUUGCAGUCUCGAUGAAACUUCCGUACUAUGUGCCAAAUGCUUCGAAUCCUCCGACCAUAGAAAUCACAGUGUCUUUGUCAGCAUUAGUCUAGGUAAUAGCGGAUGCUGCGACUGCGGUGACCGCGAAGCCUGGCGAAGGGAUGUAAAAUGUGCUAUCCAUACCGCUUACGAGCAUCAACAAUCCGCCAAGUCCCCCACCCAACAGCUACAACCCCUCCCCGAUGCCCUACGAAAAUCUAUCCGCGAUACUCUUGCCCGAGCUCUCGAUUAUCUAUGUGACAUCAUUUCGUGUUCGCCCGAACAGCUGCGUGAACCGAAGUCUGAAGAAAAAGUCAGAGAAGAUGAGGAGAAGUCGCGGUUGCAGGCGAAAUACUACGAAGUUGCAGAGAACGGGAUGGAAGCUCCGGAAUUCUCGUUGGUUCUUUGGAACGAUGAAAAACAUACUGUGCGAGAAGUUCAGGAUCAACUUGGAAGAGCGUGCAGGAAGCCGAAGGACUGGUGUUUGAAACGUGCCGAAGAGACUGAUUUGAUCGGUCGUAGCGUUGUUGACUUUAGUACCGAUAUUUCGGAUCUUCUCAACAAGAGCAAGAUUAUCGAGAGGAUAAAGUUGACAAUGACCCUUAGAUCGGCAAGGGAUACUUUCAGGGAACAGAUGUGUGGGACAAUCAUUGAGUGGCUGGUGGAUAUUGCAGGAUGUGCUGUGGGCGAUGAUCCUGAUAUAUUAAGGACAACGGUCUGUGAAGAGCUUCUUGGUGUCUGGAAACAGGGAUCCAAGGCAUGGAAUAUUGAGAUUGGAAUGAAGGGAAUCGAUGACCACGAAUAUGCUGAGAGCCAACAGACCUUGGAGUAUGCUCAAAGUGUUAUGCAAAGCCCAGAGAUUAGGAUGUUGCGGGCGCAACAGGAGCAGGAAGAGCGGGCUGCUCGCGAGGCGAACGGCGAGGAAGAAGAGGAGGAAGAAGAGGCCGAAGAGAAUGAAGAGACUAACAACGAGGAGGGAGGCGGUGGUGAUAAUAUGGAGGUAGAUGGAGGAGAAGGAAGCUCGAAUACGCAGGCUGCAGGUCAGGCUACGGACACAGACGGCGAUAUCGCAAUGUCUGGAGAAGGUGCUGCUGCGAAUGAUUUUCAAUCCGAAGCUACCGUCCCGUUUCCACCCCCCUUCGCACCCAGCAUCCCUCACACACCUGGCAAGCACCACAAACGUAAAGAAGCCCACGGGAAGCCUGGCGCGCACUGGCUUGAGACCACACACAUCCCGCACAAGACUACACCUUAUUAUGAGGACCUUAGACAGCGUGUGAGGCUCGACUGGCUUAUAAUGUUCGACUUGAGAAUGUGGAAGAAGGCUAGAAUUGACCUUAGAGAGCUCUAUAUUGGUACGGUGGUCGCGAUCCCUCAGUUUAAGCGGAUUCUGGGGUUAAGAUUCGCUGGCCUCUAUACCAUUCUCAGCCAGCUCUACCUCAUUGCCGACAGGGAGCCAGAUCAUUCAAUUAUCAACCUCUCAUUACAAAUGCUUACCACUCCAUCAAUCACUGCGGAAGUUGUCUCCCGAGGGAACUUUUUGACUAGCCUCAUGGCUAUUCUUUAUACUUUCCUGACGACUCGUCAAGUUGGACAUCCCGCUGAUGUUAAUCCUAAUGCAACUCUUGCCUUCGAUACUGGAUCUCUGACGAAUCGGCGAAUGUAUCAUUUCUUUCAAGAUAUGAAAUAUUUGUUCGGGUCAGAUUCGGUGAAAGAGCUUUUAAGGACGCGAGUUGCUCCUACUCUGCAGUUUUUGGAUCUUGUUAAACUCCACCAAGGUAUCUGCUACAACAACAGAGCCAUUGGUAGCCACAUAGAAUAUGAAUCGGAUGCUUGGAUUUGCGCCAGUCUUAUUACGAGGGAGAUCAACAAGCUUUGCCGACAAUACGCCGAUGCCUUUAGGAGACCGAACGCUGGCGGGGACCAGCAUUUGGCUGAUGCUAUCAGACUGGUGGCUAAGGUUACAACUAGGCAUGCCGCUGGUAUGGAAAGGCAGAGGUUUAAGAACGCUGAGAUAAGGGACGAUGUGGAUUUCGUUCAUAAAGAGAGUCAAGAGGGUGAAGACGAAAAAAAGAUUGGCUUGUUUGGGUUUGAUAUGGAAGCUGACGAAAACGGGGUGGUACCUUUAUAUCGUGUCAUAAAGUACAAAGUUGAGACCGAGGCGAUUAGUUUCCAUCAUGCGAUGCAUUACCUUUUGUCCUGGCUGAUUGAAGCCGGGAAUGGGAUGGAUAAUGAGAAACUCAAAACUCUGCUCAGGUUUAGAACUGAAGACCUCAGUGUUCCCGAUAACUGGAAACGAGAAUUCGACCAAGAAGAUUUCUUGGCCGUGCUCUUUGACUACCCUCUCCGCGUCUGCGUUUGGCUGUCACAAAUGAAGGCCGGAAUGUGGGUCCGAAACGGGUUCAGUCUUCGACAUCAGAUGAAUACCUACAAGGGAGUCUCGCAGAGAGACCUCACAUACAACCGCGACAUCUUCAUGCUGCAAGUUGCUUCGGUGGUAAUUGAACCUGCGAAAUGGCUACUCACCAUGAUCAAUCGUUUCACGCUGGACUCUUGGUUUAGAGGAGACUUCCGUGCGCCGGCGAAUAUUGAAGCUCCACAGCAUCUGGAUUUGGUCGAGGAUCUUUACCUUUUGCUUAUCUCUCUCUUGAGUGAUCGCCUUCUAUUGAUCUCGCACGACGAAGAAAAGGACAUCCCUACAUUGCAAUUACGCCGCGAGAUCACGCAUGUUCUAUGUUCUAAGUCGUCUAGCUUUUCGGAUAUCUCCCAGAAGAUACCUGAUAGGCUCCUCGAUCUAGAGAACUUCCAAGAUGUGCUGGCGGAGAUGGCGACCUACAAGCCACCAGAUGGGUUGAGCGACUCCGGUAUUUAUGAACUCAAGGGUGAGUGGAAAGAAUACAUCGACCCGUAUAUUCUUCAGAACAGCAAGAAUCAGCGGGAAGAGGCCGAAACUAUCUACAAGAAACAUAUGGCCACAAAACUAGGUAUCCAGGAGAAGAAUGUGGUUUACGAACCUCGUCUCAAACCGAUACAGUCUGGUGCCUUCGUGGGGCUGGCCAAUAUUACGAAAACCAAGGUCUUCACCCAGAUGAUUUACUUCGGUCUGUUGUUCGGAGCUAUACAUAAGACUGUUAACCCCGCGAUUCCGGAUACGAGGGUUGAUUCUUACAUGCAUGCUCUGCUCUACCUUAUCCAGAUUGCCAUUGCGGAAGAUGAUUCGGUUGCUGAGGGGACAGAGGGGUCUUUUGUUUCUUAUGCUCUCAAAUCAAAGGCUGUGGCGCCUAAGGAUCCUUCUCCCGAUAUAUUGGAAGUGAUUACAGUUGCAACCAAGGAAACGAUUGAGAAGGCACCGACUGUUGCGCAGCUCCUUUACAAGAUUAAACUCGAUGGACUUCACGAAUCGUGUACCCCGAUCAUCGAUGUUAUCUUGAAACGCAUGCAAGAGAAAAAGCCCGCCGACUAUGCCCCGUUGCUUGAGAUUGAGAAGCAAAUUCAUGAGCAGGAAGAUGAGGAGGCAGCUAAAAUCAAAAAGGAGGAGGAAGAGUUUGCACGAAAGAAAGAGCUUGCUAAACAACGCCAGGCAAAUAUUAUGGCACAAUUCCAAGCCCAGCAACAAAGCUUCAUGCAGAAUAACUUUGGAUUUGAUGACGACGAUGAUCUAAGCGAUGACUUUAUGGAUGAGGAUGCACCAGGGGUUGCUGUGAAGCCUACCUGGGAGUUCCCGACUGGGGAUUGUAUUAUGUGCUCCGAGCAGCUGGAUGACUCUAAGGCCUUUGGAACGUUCGCGAUGAUUCAAGAGACGAAUGUUCUCAGACAGACCAACUUGAAAGAUUCGGAUUACGUUUAUGAGGUUUUGAACACACCUGAAAAUCUAGACAGGUCGGCCGAGACCCUACGGCCUUUUGGAGUCGCAGGCAUGAACCGCGAUUCUGUCAGGAAAUUAUCAGAGGAUGGCAGCGAAAUUGUGGUCACCAGGCAAGGUCUCGGGAAGGGAUAUCCUAGGGCACCGGAGUUUACAAGACUAGGACCUGUCGCCGUAGGAUGUGGGCAUUUGAUGCAUUACGACUGUUUUGAGUCGCAUAUUGCCUCUGUUCAACGACGACACCAGCAUCAGAUCUCCAGAGCACAUCCUGAGCGACUAGAAAUGAAGGAGUUCUUGUGUCCACUUUGCAAAGCGCUCGGCAAUACUUUCCUGCCAAUCGUAUGGAAACCGAAGGUUGAGGAUUCUGUUGCGGAGAUCGUGGCUACGAAGAACGAUUUCUCGACAUGGCUGUCACAGGAAAUUGCACCUUCGGUUCUUAGGCUCGAGAAGGAAAAGGCAACGGACAGUAAUGAUACCGGUUCACUUGGGAAGUAUAAGGAGCAGUUUUUAGGAUACGGGACUACAAAUUUCAUCGAUGGGAUCGCAACAAAGCUGACGCCUAGCGAGGAACCUGAGCAACCAACUCCUCCUGCUCCCCCGGUUGAAGCUACACCGCCGGUAGAGCCAGCUAUUGAGGAAGAAGCGACGCUUGUUCCACCACCAGUUGUUGUCAUCCCUGUCGGUGGAGCGAUCACUAUGGAACAGCAGCUUGCGAUGUUACAGACUCCGGUCCCACCUGCGCAGACACCCGCUGCUCAAGAUCCCGUCGUUCCUCCGCCUCCGCCUCCUACUCAGAGUCGUGCGUCGGAUCGACCAACUAUUGAAGUCGAAGCAAUAUUCUCAAUAUACAAGCGUAUGAGAGAUACGCUACAUCUCAAUAAGAUCAAGACCAACAGGCCGCUACCGAAUGAAACUUCCAAUCCGUCAAGUGACCUGCAUUCGGUCGACGCACUCAUGAGGAUCCUUGGUUUCACGAUCUCUACGACGGAGACUUGGUUGCGUGGCGCAGAACCCAGGCCGGGCGCAAAUCUCAUUGAGAAAACACCGGAACACAAUCUUAAAUAUUUGCGAAUACUCGCCGAGAGUGUUUAUUCAUACAUUGUGUUUGGUGGCCUUAAUGACGAGAGCUCAACUGCCCUGCAAUACAAGGAGAUCCAUCUUGAUCAAAUGGUAAAACUGUUCGUAGGACACCCAAAGAUCUAUGAUGGCGAUAACAUUUACCAAAAUCAUACUCCCUUAUUUUCAGAAGAUGUUUUUGUUUUCCUGGCAGAGUGUUCACUAUGUUUGUGUCCUUCCCUGAAUGUGGAGUUCAAACACAUCAUGACGCUGUGCUACAUCGCUGAAAUUGUCAAGACUAUCCUGUUCAUCAGCAAGAGUUGUGAAGCACUUGACCUCAGUGCAACGCGCGAGGAUGGGGCCAGAUUUGCAAAUAUUGCUUCGCAGCUGAAAUACCCAGCGCAGGAUCUAGACAACUUUAGGAGCUUUGCGGAGUUUGCCAACGCUGCCGGCGCGGAUCCCGAGGCGGUGAAACCGAACGUAUCGCCUUCGCCAGCUUUGUUCAGGCACCUUAUUUCCAAGUACAUCAAUCCUUUCCUACGAAAAUGCGUGUUCUUGCUUCAUUCGCGGUAUAUGGUCACAUUCCCACACGAGGAUAGUACGAGUUUUGAACCGGAGCAUGUUCGACUCACUAGGCUUCUUGGUCUGCCGUCUUUGGAACAUGUGUUUUCACUCCACGCCCCAACGAAGGACGAAGGAACAGAGAUCAUUCGGUCAAUCAUCAUGGGUUGGUGCAAACACUGGCGUCUUUCUAUAGAAGAAGCCAGGCGAGAAAAAAUCGAGGAAGAGGGUACCGUUACACCAACGGCGUCGACGCCUACACCGGUUGUCGCCGUUCCACCCCCUACCACCACUACCGCCCCUGAUACCUCUGCGCCUACCUCUAAUUCUAAAACCGAGGAUGAAGUCGAAAGUCUAAUGAAGCUCAGUCAUCCAUCCAUCUUAGAGUUGGUAGGACUCCCCUUACACUAUGACACACUUGUCGAGGAGGCGAUGAAACGGAAGUGUCCGAGGAGCGGGAGGGAGUUGAGCGAUCCUGUGGUGUGUCUGCUGUGCGGGGAUAUCUUUUGUAGUCAGAGUUUGUGCUGUAUGGAUAGUGUUACGAGACAUGGUGGCGCGAAUCAACAUCUGAAAGUUUGUGGCAACAACAUUGGCAUUUUCAUCAAUAUACGCAAGUGCCACGUUCUCUACCUGCACAGCGGCUACGGGGCUUGGGCUGUCGCGCCAUACCUCGACAAGCACGGCGAGGUUGAUCCAAAUUUAAGACGUAAUCGACAGUUGUUCUUAAACCAGAAGCGUUAUGAUGCGCACUUGAGGGCCUAUUGGUUGCAGCAUUUGAUCCCAACAGUUAUUGCGAGAAGGUUGGAACCUGAUUUCAAUACCGGUGGGUGGGAAAGUUUAUAA